AUGAAAUCUUCCAUAGCUGAGAUGCUUCACAGAGGGAGGAUGUUGUGGAUAAUUCUUCUAAGCACAAUUGCUCUAGGAUGGACUACCCCGAUUCCCCUGAUAGAGGACUCAGAGGAAAUAGAUGAGCCCUGUUUUGAUCCAUGCUACUGUGAAGUUAAAGAAAGCCUCUUUCAUAUACAUUGUGACAGUAAAGGAUUUACAAAUAUUAGUCAGAUUACUGAGUUCUGGUCAAGACCUUUUAAACUGUAUCUGCAAAGGAAUUCAAUGAGGAAAUUGUACACCAACAGUUUUCUUCAUUUGAAUAACGCUGUGUCCAUUAACCUUGGGAACAAUGCAUUGCAGGACAUUCAAUCAGGAGCUUUCAAUGGUCUUAAGAUCUUAAAGAGGUUAUAUCUACAUGAGAACAAACUAGACAUCUUCAGAAAUGACACCUUCCUUGGCUUGGAAAGUCUGGAAUAUCUGCAGGCAGAUUACAAUGUCAUUAAACGUAUUGAGAGUGGGGCAUUUCGGAACCUAAGUAAAUUGAGAGUUCUGAUUUUAAAUGAUAAUCUCAUCCCCAUGCUUCCAACCAAUUUAUUUAAGGCUGUCUCCUUAACCCAUCUGGACCUACGUGGAAAUAGGUUAAAGGUUCUUUUUUACCGAGGAAUGCUAGACCACAUUGGCAGAAGCCUGAUGGAGCUCCAGCUGGAAGAAAAUCCCUGGAACUGUACAUGUGAGAUUGUGCAGCUAAAGAGUUGGCUGGAACGCAUUCCUUACACCGCCCUGGUGGGAGACAUCACCUGUGAGACCCCCUUCCAUUUCCAUGGAAAGGAUCUGCGAGAAAUCAGGAAGACAGAACUCUGCCCCUUGUUGUCUGACUCUGAGGUGGAGGCUAGUUUGGGGAUUCCCCACUUGUCAUCAAGCAAGGAGAAUGCAUGGCCGACUAAGCCUUCCUCAAUGUUGUCCUCUGUCCAUUUCACUGCUUCUUCUGUUGAAUACAAGUCCUCAAAUAAACAGCCCAAGCCCACCAAACAGCCCCGAACACCAAGGCCACCCUCUACAUCCCAAGCUUUAUACCCUGGUCCAAACCAACCUCCCAUUGCUCCUUACCAGACCAGACCACCCAUUCCCAUUAUAUGUCCUACUGGGUGUACCUGUAAUUUGCACAUCAACGACCUUGGCUUGACUGUCAACUGCAAAGAGCGAGGAUUUAAUAACAUUUCUGAACUUCUUCCAAGGCCAUUGAAUGCCAAGAAACUUUACCUGAGUAGCAAUCUGAUUCAGAAAAUAUACCGUUCUGAUUUUUGGAAUUUCUCCUCCUUGGAUCUCUUGCAUCUGGGGAACAAUCGUAUUUCUUAUGUCCAGGAUGGGGCCUUCAUCAACCUGCCCAACCUAAAGAGCCUCUUUCUCAAUGGCAACGAUAUUGAGAAGCUGACACCAGGCAUGUUCCGAGGACUACAGAGUUUGCACUACUUGUACUUUGAGUUCAAUGUCAUCCGAGAAAUCCAGCCUGCAGCCUUCAGCCUCAUGCCCAACUUGAAGCUGCUAUUCCUCAACAAUAACUUGCUGAGGACCCUCCCGACAGAUGCCUUUGCAGGCACAUCCCUGGCCCGGCUCAACCUGAGAAAGAACUACUUCCUCUACCUUCCUGUGGCUGGCGUCCUAGAACACUUGAAUGCCAUUGUCCAGAUAGACCUCAAUGAGAAUCCUUGGGACUGUACCUGUGACCUGGUCCCCUUCAAACAGUGGAUUGAAACCAUCAGCUCAGUCAGCGUGGUGGGUGAUGUGCUUUGCAGGAGCCCUGAGAACCUCACCCACCGCGAUGUGCGCACCAUUGAGCUGGAAGUUCUCUGCCCAGAGAUGCUGCACGUCCCACCAGCUGGAGCAUCCCCAGCCCAGCCUGGAGAGUCUCACCUUGCUGGGGGGCCAACGAGUGCAUCACCUUAUGAGUUCUCUCCCCCCGGGGGCCCUGUGCCACUUUCUGUGUUGAUUCUCAGCCUGCUGGUUCUUUUCUUUUCAGCAGUCUUUGUUGCUGCAGGCCUCUUUGCCUACGUGCUCCGACGGCGCCGGAAGAAGCUGCCCUUUAGGAGCAAGCGACAAGAAGGGGUGGACCUUACCGGCAUCCAGAUGCAAUGCCACCGGCUGUUUGAGGAUGGUGGGGGUGGUGGAGGUGGAAGUGGAGGUGGGGGCCGAGCGACUAUUUCGUCCCCAGAGAAGGCCCCUCCUGUGGGCCACGUAUAUGAGUACAUCCCCCACCCAGUGACCCAAAUGUGCAACAACCCCAUCUAUAAGCCUCGUGAGGAGGAGGAGGUGGCUGUUUCAUCAGUCCAGGAGUCAGGGAGUGCAGAACGAGGGGGUCCUGGGACACAGCCACCAGGAGUAGGUGAGGUUCUCCUAGGAAGUGAGCAGUUUGCGGAGACACCCAAGGAGAACCACAGCAACUAUCGGACCUUGCUGGAAAAAGAAAAGGAGUGGGCCCUGGCAGUGUCCAGCUCCCAGCUCAACACCAUAGUGACGGUGAAUCAUCAUCACCCUCACCCUCACCACCCAGCAGUUGGUGGGGUUUCUGGGGUAGUUGCGGGAACUGGGGGAGACUUGGCUGGGUUCCGCCACCAUGAGAAGAAUGGUGGGGUGGUGCUGUUUCCUCCUGGGGGAGGCUGUGGCGGUGGAAGUAUGCUCCUAGACCGAGAGAGGCCACAGCCAGCCCCCUGCACAGUGGGAUUCGUGGAUUGUCUCUAUGGCACAGUGCCCAAAUUAAAGGAACUGCACGUCCACCCUCCUGGCAUGCAAUAUCCAGACUUACAGCAGGACGCCAGGCUCAAAGAAACCCUUCUCUUCUCGGCUGGAAAGGGCUUCACAGACCACCAAACCCAAAAAAGUGAUUACCUCGAGUUAAGGGCCAAACUUCAAACCAAGCCGGAUUACCUCGAAGUCCUGGAGAAGACAACAUACAGGUUCUAACGAAAAAAGAAAAAUAAAUUAGUGCUUUUUUUUUCCAAAAGAAAAGGAAAAUAAAAGAAAUACCCCUUGCUCCCUUUACACUUGUCCCAAUAACUCCAUUCUCACAAACUUCCCUGCCCUGAACAGGACUGAAACCGCAUGAUAACUAGAAAAUACAGAUGUAUGCUCUCCCCUCUCAGAUGUGAUUUGGAGGAAGGGCCAUACUCAGAUCAUUAAUCAAUGAAGUGCCUUCGCAGACUUUUGCCAGCAAAUGUUAUCAUUAUUUUUUUAUACUGAAACUUGAGACUUUGACUGUGCCAUGUAUAAGGUAUAUUGGGGAUCGUUGUAUUGAUCCUAAUUAAGUAAAAUUCAACGUGUCUUUUUAUUUUCAGUAAUUUUUUUUAGUUGUAGUUUCGUUUGACAGGGAGGGGGGGAAAACAAAUUGACAUUUGUGGCUUUCUUUCCUCUUCCCAUCAUGGCACAGAUUCUGUACAUGUAUUAACAAUGCAGUUUGCUGCAUGCCUGGAAACUGCAAGACGGGGAGGGAGGGGGCGGGUCUUGCUUGAAUGUUCUCACCCACUCUUUUUUCUGUCACACACAUACCCACAUGCAAAUCACCAAUCGCUGCACACCAUUAGGUCCCUAAACCUGCAGCCUCUUCCUUCUGGUACAGGUACACACACAUGCAGACGUAUAAACCUGCACAUGCAUACACACGCGCGCGCACACACACACACACACACACAAAACACACACAAACAUACACACCCCAUUCCCUUUUAACACUAUCUAAUUAUUUCGGGUUUGACCCAUUCCUCUCCUCUUCAUAGCUUCACCUUCCCUUCACCCCUAGUGUACAGCUCUCGCCUACCACCCUGGGAAAGGUCAUAUUCUAGGUUGGAUCCUAAUGAAGUGGAGGCCUGGUUUAACAGCCAGAGGCACAUACCUAGGGAUGAGCACCCUCUUUGUGACACUUCAUCCUGAUGCCAAGAGUUUUUGGAGACCAUCUGCACUUUCUUAUAUAUAUAUAAAUAUAUAUAUAAUAUUAAAAAAAUAAAAAAGCAACUGGGUAUAUAUCACUAACAGCUUUGUAGGAAGCACUUUUAAUGUUUUCUCUCACACACAAAGAUUCAAAAGAAAUGUGCAUAUAUUUAUUCUGUAAUUUCAGUGAUUAUAAAUUGUAAAGGUAAUGUUUAAUCAUUGUAUAGUGAUUAUGCGUCUGGUAUAGCUUUCCUAAUAAAGAGUUUUUGAAAAAUAUAAUACAUUAUAUAUAGAGGACACCAAGCUUGGACCUGAAACCACAGCUAUGCCGUGCCUUUUGUGCUCCCAAUUUUUUGAACCUUUCUUUUACUUGUUAUACAGAAAGCUGGUUUAUUAAUAAGUUUGAUGCACUGUGAUGUUGAUAAAUCUUAUAACCCACCACCCCCAUCACAUGCCAGGAUACAGUCGGGACUUAAAAAAAUCUGAUUUAUAUAGUUCACUUUUAUUUUUGUCUUGAAUUAUGAAUCUCAACUCACUACCCCAGUGACGCACCAGUUUUCCUAGGCAGGCUGUGACUGGGGGAAAAUAGAGUAACUAGAUUGCUAAGUAGUAUAGGAUUAUAUAGAGGAGGCAGUCAAGGAUCCAUGCACCUUAAAAUAGUAAAUGACAGAAAGAAAAAGGAAAGUGAAAUUGCUAUUUUUAAAAACAUGAACCAGAAUAUCACACACACACACACAAACACACACACACCACACACACGCACACACAAUCAAAAUCUAAGGCCUUGUAGCCAAUUUGACUGUCAGAAUGCUGUUAUCUGUACAAGUGGUCACUGCUAUAUUUAGUUACUUGGGUUUUUCAGCCACUACUGCAACUGGCCCCAGUCUUGCUUGAACUAAGACAGGAGAUGCUGAAUGAGGUUUUCUUUCCGUAUGAUAUUAACUGUAUUAUGUCUAAAAUUAAUCUCACAAUAACCCAAGUUAUUAUCCAUUUGCAUGUGAGCGAAACCAAAGAAAAUUGGAUUUUUAAGGUGCCAGUGUCUUGUUUGUGGAGGAAACUAAACUGAUAAAAAGAAACCUGAGCUUUGAGGCAGGCACUUAUCUCAUUACGCCAGUAGAGGGCAGCAGAGCUUCAGAGAUUCACAGACCCUGUUGCUGCAGAAUUACGCAGAGGGGCCAGUAUUCUGUUAGUUUUCUCAAGCUGCUCUUAGUAGAAAUUAUCAUUAUGUGUUGAAUGUAAUUCACCACAAGUCACUAAUGCCUUACAUCACUUUGUUUUUUUCCAUUAAAAAGACCAGCAGCUUCUAAAGCUGUGUGACUGAUAUAAAAACUAAGGCAUUGCACUUAAAAAAAAAAAAAGCCCCAUGAAUGUCAGAAAAACAUGUUUAUAAGUAUCUAUCUCUUGAUUAGUUAUGUAUGGGUAUCAACACAGGUAUACCUAAAAAUAAAAUAAAAAAAAACCACAUGUAUCAAUACAAAAAUGCAACUUUUCAAGGCUGCCUUGCAUUUGGCACAUUGUACCUAAAACUUUUGUCUUCCAUUAUUUGAGGUACGGUGGAAUUACUGCAGAUGAAGGAAAACAUGAUUCACCAUUUCUCUACAUACAAUAUUGAAAUGUAGCUUUCCUUAUGCAAGAGGAUCAAAUCCACAAUUAAUUAGGUGUCAUUCUCCCAUUUUGGUUUAUGUUCCGCGUCUUUUUACUUUCCCCUAAGUUAGCUUUUUCAUAGUUAUCUCACUUUCCUUAUUCUUUCUAAUCAUCUUUCCCUCCUUUGAAGCCUUUUUUUAAGCACAGAAAGUCAGUGUUUUAAACACCUUUAAGUGUUUUAAAAGCUUAUCUAUGGAGUCCCUCUAAAUUAGUGAUUUAUCAUGUUUCCAUUCCUCCUAAUAAAAUACUUUGGUGAAUAGUAGAAAGCAUGUGCAUAAUAAACAUUCAAAAUGCAAAGCUAGAUAUUUCCGACAGUAACCAUCAUUUCCUUAAUAACCAUGCGCACAUUCAUAACAUGGCAUAUUAUACAAAUCAGGUUAAAGUACAAUCCCUAAUGAUCCUGGUGCUUUUGACAUUUGAAAAAUGUGUGUCCAUAAACCGUAUCAAAUUACAAUAUAACUUGAUAAUUAUGUUUAUAUUUUAUUUAUUAAAUACAGAAAGAAUGUCUUACCUUAAAUAUAGAUAGUAAUUUUACUCUUGAAUGAGGAAUAAAUUUUAUUUAGUGAAAACAAAUUUAUAUGAGAAUGGAAUUUUGUAUUCAAGGGAGAUAAAUUUUUGCUUCCAUGGAGUUUUCUACCCCCUUCGCUAGGCUACUUACUUUAGCUGUCUAUUAGAAUUAUUAAAGUUAGAUUUAAUUUAUAAUACCAGGUAUGGUUUCAUAAAGUACCAUGGGUAUUAAUAUAGGUACUAUGAUUAGGAUUUGUUCCAUAUUUUUGCUGUAGUAAAACAUUAUUUUUGAGAAAAUGAUUGCUAGUUUACCUCAUAGUGGUGGUCAAUUAGACUGAAGCAGACCCAGAUCAGGCAGAUAUCUGCUAUUUAUUCAUUGCUACUUUAUUACAAAUUAUAGUAAUAAUAUUUGAAAUUAAUAAAAUGUAUUGUAAUGUUCUUUUACUGUAGGAUGGCUAGUGGAAAAUAGUUGAAAGUGAAAUAUUAGUAUGACUCAGUAAUAAUUUUAACAUUAUCAUAUACCAGCAUUACUUACAUGGAUGCUUUUGUUUUUAUCUUAAAAGCUACAUUAUUUCCUCCAAUUGAAAAAUACUAAAAACUAUACAUACAUAUACAUAUAUAUGUAUAUAUAUAUGGAUGAUAAACACCAUAUUUUAAAUAAAAAUUUACAGAGAGAUCACAAGGAAAGUUUAAUGACUAAGCCUUUGAUAAUUUGUCCCCUCCCCCCUUAACUAGGAAUAUUAGUUUUAAACCCUUGAUAUCUGAGAAGAAUAUUUGGGUUUAAAACUAUAAAAAUUGAUAAUGCAAUUGCAUAACAUAAGGAAUUUUCUUUAACUAUUGUGACAUAUUAUUUUGAUUCACUUAGUGUAAAUCCAUUGUUCACAGAGUCCUAUCCGUUUGGAAUUAUGUUGUCUGAGCCAAUAAAUGUAAAAUAGCUAUAACAAAGGAAACAUUAAUGUAAUGCUUUACAAAAUGUGAGACAUAUGACUAUAACAAGAUGAGAGGAAAUGAUAAUAAAAAAACACUCCAUCUUAAAUUUAGUUUAAUUUGAACUUAGACAUUUAUAACUUAUACUUAGCUCAAAAAUCCUCAACUGAAAAUUCAGGUUAACAGAUUAUAAAUAAUAUCACUAAUUUCACCAUAUAAGUAUUCAGUUUAAUAAUAUACUAUAGGCCUUUUAAAAUAGGAGCAAUAACACAUGUGUAAUUGGGCAAUCAUGUAUAUAUGUGUGUGUAUAACUAUUAUAUAUGUAUAUACACUGUAUAUACAUGUAUAUAGUUUAUAUAUGCUGAAUUAUAUUUACAUGUAAAUUAUGCACUUUUUCUCACAUGUAUAACAAUUUCAGUUUUAUGCAUUUCUUUUCUUUGCUUCUGUCUAGCUAAUGUCCAAGUGAAGAUGGAUGAAAUUAUGAGUCUUCACUUUGGAAAUGUUCACAUGUAAAAAGUAACACUGUAAUUAAUAUUUCUGAAUUUAAAAGUUCUUUUAUCUUUCAA